GGAGCAAAUGGGAUGAGUUAGUUUUUACAUCUUUUUCUUGUUCUCUGAGUAUUUGGGUUUUUGAGAGUCACAGGUGUACUCAUUUAUUUCCCUCUGUUGUAAUAUUCUCACACCAUUUUCCUUUCCAGUUCAAAUUUUUCGUUUUCGUAUUACUACAGUUUCAACUCGGCAAAGUUAUGGAUCACGAUGGAGGACACAGCGAUCAUGGUGACGGGCACGAUGGUGAACAUAGAGGUGGUGACCACGGUGGAGGGGAAGGCUCCUGCAGCAUGAACAUGCUCUUCAACUGGGAUACAGAGAAUCUUUGUGUCGUCUUCGAAUCAUGGAAGAUUAACACCCCGCUUGGAUUAAUUUUCUCAUGUCUCAUCGUUAUCGGCUUGGCAGCAUCGUAUGAACUGCUUAGAGCACAGUCCCGUCUAUAUGAAGAACGCUUGCGCGAAGGUGCCAGAAAGAGACAUGGUGGUGAAUCUACCUCAACCCACGCUCACGUUGGCAGUGAUAUUAGUCACGAUGAUGAAGAGCCUCUCUUGCCUACUAGGAACUUGACUUUCCGGUUGUUGAGACAGCAGCAACUCACUCGCGCCUUAUUCUACAUGGCUCAAGUCUUUGUCGGCUUUUUCCUGAUGCUCAUUUUCAUGACCUAUAAUGGAUAUCUCAUGGCAAGCACUGUUAUAGGCGCGGGUCUUGGUUUUUAUUGCUUUGGAGGUGACGCUUUAUCUUCUACGAAAGCUUUGAGUUGCCAUUAAAAAAAGGAUUUAUUUUAGUCCUUGGCUUCAAGAAUUUGCUUGGCAUUUUGUCUAUUAUCAAAUAGUUUGCUACGCCACGUCUUGAGAAUAAAAUAUACAAUG